AUGGGGCAACAUAUCUCGUCUGCUGAGAAACCUAAUACAAAAACUCAUAAUGAGAAGGAAAUACAGUUCGGUAAUGCACUAGAAGUACAAAAGUAUUUCCAAAAGAGGACCAUCGGCCACUUCACUCCAUUGGAAUUGAUCUCUUACAAGAAUAAAUUGAAUCAUGAUCAUUUAGAUGAUAUGAUUACUAAAGAAGAGAUAAUCCAAUUAUUACACUUACCGGAUGAUAAUGUAAUACUUUCCAAUAUGAUAUUUAAUAUGGUUCAUUCCCUUUGUAAUUUCCCUUUCUUAGGUGAACGGAUUUGGGAUAUAACAGCCGGUAAUCUUUUGACGUGUAUCAUCUUAUUAGACAACGAUAGAUGCCAACGAUUCAUUGGAUCCAAAUCUUACGAUCAAAUUAAAUUACUUUUCAUACUAUUAUGUUUAUCCACUAAUAAUAGUAGUGGUAAACCAUUAUCUGCAAGUAAUUCAAAACUAAGGGAAAAAUCAGAGAAUAUUUCAACAACUUCUAUUUAUAGUCAAGAAAUAGGGUAUAACUUGACAGAUAUACUUCAGAGUUAUAAUGGAAUAUCAAUUGAUGAUUUAUCUGUACCAGCCCUAUCGUUAUCAGAGUGUUUCACAUGGACUCUAAUCAUGUCAAUUAAAUGUCCCACAGCGAACUGUAAGAUUUUACCCAACGAAACAAUUUAUAACAGUUGGAACGAAUACCAGAAAGCAUCUUUAAAUAUACUCCGAUCUAUGGAUUCAUCAAUUGUAUCGAACCUGGAUGAUUACCGUAUAAGUUUCACUCAAUUUGAAAAUGUAUUUACUUCAGUAGUACCAAAUUUUACUCAUCCAUUGGAAAAUAUAAUGAACCAUUUACUCUACAUGGACAAGGAUUUAAUUAACCAUCCUGUGAUGGAAAUCCCCAAAUCAAAAUUAAUGUCUGAAUCAUUAUUGGCCCAAUUAUCUACUACAUUACCUAAGGAAUUAUUCAUAUCAAAAUUACAAAAAUUAUAUAUAGGAAGGCAAAGUGGGUUUUCCAUGAGAUCAUUACAAUCUAAAUGUUUUAAAUGGUUAGCUCCUACAAUCUUGCUAGUUAGCGGGUUAAUUAUACCAAAUGAUGAGGAAUACAAUAAUCCAAGGUUUAAAAGGUUUCUUCAAGAGUUCCCUAAAUUAAAUGAUAAUGAACAAUCAUUAGAACCAUGCCAUUCAUAUAAGAAAAAAAUAUCAUUUGCUGUUUAUAUUGAUGAACCAUGGAGAGUCACCAAUAAGGAAUUUUUCGGUGAUUUGAAUUCAAGGAUCAUUGAGUUGUCACCAAGACAAGAUAUUUUCAAAUCAUUGAAAUCUCAUGAACUGAUAUAUUUUAAUACUAUUGGUUGUGGGAUAGGAAUUGGAGAUAAACAGCCGCAUGUAUCCAACGGUGCUAAUAGCAGGAAAUACCAACCAGGAAAUGUCUCAUUAACUUUGGAGAGUACUUUGGAAUUUGCUGUAUUUAGACACGUUGGACAUGGAGGUGCAUUUUCUCCAAGUGAAUUAUUAACCAAACGCGGAACCGAAGAAGAAUCAUUUGAAAUCAAGUUUAUUAUACAAGAUGUAGAAGUUUGGGGCUGUGGAGGUGAGAAGGAAUUAGAAGAACAAAUGAAACAAUUAGCAUGGGAAGAAGCAGAAGCGAAGAGAAGACAACAAGUAAAUUUGAAAAGUAUAAGUGAAGAUCGUGCAUUAUUGGAAAUGGUUGGUCUUGUUGGCCAACAUCAAAGCGGUGGUUCCAUGUGA